AUGGACGUUUUAUCGAACGAAAAGUAUCUCAUCGCACGCGCGAAAGAAUCCAGCGACCCGUACAAAGCCAAAGCGUGGAUUAUUGCGGCUAAAACACUGUUCCCAAACGAUUUCGGGGUGCAGUUUGAGGCGUACGAGAUCGAAAAAAAUGCAAACAACUUUGAGGAAGCGGCCAAGUGUCUGAGCUACAUCGUGAUGACGUUUCACGGUGCCCACCAGACGCCGUCGAAUUUGUUGAACGAAAUCUCUCUCAUGACGAACGCCCUGCGCAUCCCGGAAGGAUGUGCCACAUCGGAGCAGGAGUUUUACGUGAAGAUGUUCCAGUACAUUUCGUACGAGGUCCAACACCAGAUCCUGCUGCUGACGGCGGCUCACUCGAACAACAAUCUGGACCACUGUCGGUUGAUUCUACUACUGUUAAAGCGAUUCCCACAAGCCAUUUCUACCCACGCGCCGCGACUGCUGGAAACGUUGAUACAGAACGUGGCGAUGCCGAGCUUCAAGGAGAUGCUGUUUAACGAGGCAAUUCCCCUCGUGUACAACCGGGUGCCGGACCUAGCGCCGAAGCACGUUCACCGACUGAUGGCCGUAUGCUUCGAGUACUACCUCAGCCAGAUGCUCGGAACGGAGUGUGACGACCGUAGCCGAUCGGCGGCCGACUGUUGGAAGAAGAUCUUCGACAUCCUCGACUUUUGCGGCAAGAUGCUCAAGUGGGAACCGUUCGUGCUGUACAAGAAGAGCUGGAGCAAGGACGUGUACUGGCAGAAGAUCAUCCACAUCUACAAGCUCGACCCGUUCGGGUCGACGGAAAGCAAACAGAUCCUGUUCUGUGCGACGGUUGUCUUUGUGCUGGCGCUACAGGAGUACAUUGGUCAUUCGCGGCUCCGCUCAAAGGAUGGAACGGCCGAAACGGAAGUUAUUCUGGUCGAAGCGCUCAAGGAUGUGCCCGUGCUGCCAGACCGGAAGCGCCACGCCCUCGAGGGUGUGCUCGAGAUACCGCACAUUCUCGUCACAACCCCCGUCAACGCGGAUGCACCGAACUGCCUGAUUGCGUGUCACAGUUGCUGGCAGUUACUGCACUCGAACGAGCGCAUGAAGAGUGACUUUGCGCAGCUCAUUCUCUGUCUGCCGCAGCUUUCGGGAUGGGUACAGAAGUUUCUCAUCGACCUGUACGUGUGCGUGGGGCAGCACGACGAAACGGCCACUCUGCUACAGUCACCGAACAUGGUGUCGAUGGGCUCGCUGGAGAAAGCGGUCCGUCAGUUUGCACUCACCUUGGCCCAAGGUCCGAUCUCAGUGCACCUGUUCGAACAGAUCGGUACCAUCCUGAAGCACCUGCCGCUGGCACCGCUCGGUGGCUCUUACCUCGAGAGUGCCGUUUCGCACUCGCAAGCGGCUCGCGUCCUUAUGCUGAUUCCACUCACCAAGCGUGCCAUUCUGCACUAUCUUGUGCAAACGCUGAUCGCUGUGCUCAAACCGAAUCUGGUUGAUCCCGAGUGUAGCCAUUCGGUGCUGGGCAACCUGCUGGUCCUGUCUCAACUGAACUGGCCACACGAAUCGACCACGGUGGAGAUAAUCUUCGAAAUCAUCAAAAGCCGACGCCAGUUUUCUUACCUUCUCUUCACGAGCUACAUCGUCAACGCGGAGAUCAUCGAGGAGUUUAUGCACCUGUGGACACACUCGCCAGACGUGAAGCUCGAGCUGGCCAUGCCGCAGCAGAGCCUUGCUACGGGCGCGCGACGCAUCGGUACGCGGGGCGCCGACAAGGGUGUGAAGGAGGACUUCAAACAGAUCAUACGCCAGCAGAUUGGGCGCAGCAACGACGACGUCGACGAGCUGAUGAUGCAGUUCUUGCAGCAACAGCACAUGGCGCUGGUGCAGAAUGUGUUUGAUAAAUGA